AUGUUUUCUAAAUAUUAUAUUCUGGUAGCUUUAACAGGUUUAUUAUGUCAAUUGGCGACAGCAGUUGAUAUUAGGUUUAAUGAGUUCCACGAAGGUUCCAAAGAAUAUAAUGAUCCCUACGAUAUAGAAAAAGAUGUAACUUUUGCAAUUAGCAAAGGUAAUAAAGUCGGUUUCCAUAAAAAUAUGCAUAAUAAAGGUCGCUUCUGUUGUGGUUCCCAUCAUGUUCAUUUCGGCAGUGGUGAAUUACACAACGAUGGGGAUAUGAUUAUACACAAUCCUGGACCAGCUUCAGAUGCUAAUGUCAAUUUCACUUUGAACAGUUUGUCCAAUUCAGGUCUAUUGUCUAUCCAAAAUACUUAUGAAUCUAAUUCAAUCGGUCAAUUAUUUGCUAAGGAUUCUUUUAUUAAUAGCGGUAUCAUAUAUAUGGAAACUGUUAAGCAACAUGUCAAAGUUCACACUUCUUCCUCUUAUAUUAAUAAUAAAGGGACGAUGAUUUUCAAUGGAGGUAAUUAUUCUCUCCAAUCAUCCAUUAAAGGUCAUGGUUGUAUUGCGUUGCAAGGACACCAUCACAUAUAUAUCGACAUGAAAUAUAAUUACGAACAAACAUUUUACUGUGAUGAUAAUGAGAAGGAAUUGCAUUUUCUUGGCUCACCAUCCUCAAGUUCAUCCCCUCUGAUAUUGCAUGGGUUUUCAAACCAACAUUCAAUGUAUUUCCACGGUUCUGAAACAGCUAAAACACAUAGAUUAGUUACUAGUUAUAACUCCCUAACUGGUUAUAUGUCUGUUAUAACAAAACCCAUAAAAGGUAAAUCUUCGCCGGUUGAAAGAAGAAUAUUCAUCGGGCUUGGUUACGAACAUAAAUACUUUAGUUUCGAAUUCACAAAAUACAAUGGUCAUAACUGUAUUCAUGGUAAUUACCAUAAACCUUGCCCACAUCCAACAAGGCCACCUGUUUGUCACUUCCCACCACCAAACCAUGGACAUCAUUGUCCAGGUCACCACCCGAACCCUCCUUGUACAUCCAGGAAACCAUCAUCAUCAUCAUCAACAAUCUCGUCUACACUAAUUUUCUCAUCCUCCGUGUCAUCCGAAAUGUCUAGUUCUGUUGAAAUUAGUAGCACGUUUGCUAGCCAUUCCUCUGGUUCCCAUAUACAACCAUCGAGUAGUGGAUCGGUUAGCAUUCAUUCUAGCUCCUUCCCGGCUUCCAGCAGUGAAUCCAUGAUUUCCAGUUCAUUUGUUUCCUCUGUCUCGCACUCCAGCUCUGUUACUGUUCCAUCUUCUGCUUCUCACAGUGAAUCGAUGGUUUCCAUGCCACCUGCAUCUUCUGUGUCACACUUCAACUCUGUUACUGUUCCAUCUUCUGUUUGCCACAGUGAAUCGAUGAUUUCCAGUUCAGUUGUUUCCUCUGAAUCUCAAUCCAGCUCUGUUACUGUUCCAUCUUCUGUUUCUCACAGCGAAUCGAUGGUUUCCAGUUCAUUUGUUUCCUCUGUCUCGCACUCCAGCUCUGUUACUGUUCCAUCUUCUGCUUCUCACAGUGAAUCGAUGGUUUCCAUGCCACCUGCAUCUUCUGCGUCACACUCCAGCUCUGUUACUGUUCCAUCUUCUGCUUCUCACAGUGAAUCGAUGGUUUCCAUGCCACCUGCAUCUUCUGUGUCACACUCCAGCUCUGUUACUGUUCCAUCUUCUGCUUCUCACAGCGAAUCGAUGGUUUCCAUGCCACCUGCAUCUUCUGUGUCACACUCCAGCUCUGUUACUGUUCCAUCUUCUGUUUCUCACAGCGAAUCGAUGGUUUCCAGUUCAUUUGUUUCCUCUGUCUCGCACUCCAGCUCUGUUACUGUUCCACCUUCUGUUUGCCACAGUGAAUCGAUUAUUUCCAGUUCAGUUGUUUCCUCUGAAUCUCAAUCCAGCUCUGUUACUGUUCCAUCUUCUGUUUCUCACAGCGAAUCGAUGAUUUCCAGUUCAGUUGUUUCCUCUGAAUCUCAAUCCAGCUCUGUUACUGUUCCAUCUUCUGCUUCUCACAGUGAAUCGAUGGUUUCCAUGCCACCUGCAUCUUCUGUGUCACACUCCAGCUCUGUUACUGUUCCAUCUUCUGCUUCUCACAGCGAAUCGAUUAUUUCCAGUUCAGUUGUUUCGUCUGUCUCGCACUUCAAUUCUGUUACUGUUCCAUCUUCUGUUUCUCACAGCGAAUCGAUGGUUUCCAGUUCAGCUGCUUCCUCUGAAUCUCAAUUCAGCUCCAGCUCCAUACCAUAUGCAUCUUCUGUGUCACACUCCAGCGCUGCUACAGUGCCAUCUUCUGUUUCUCACAGUGAAUUGAUGAUUUCAAGCUCAGCUACUUCUUCUGAAACUCAAUCCAGAUCUAGCUUUACCUCAAUGGCAAGGCCAAGUACUGUUCCAUCCAAUACUGGGUCCAGUCAAUCGUCUAGUGUGGAGUCAAUAAGUCCCUCAUCUCGUUCCACCAUUAUUAUUUCAAGGUCGUCGAGAAGUAGGUCAGUAGUUAGUUCGACAGUAUCAUCAGCAUCUACUUCAUCAACAUCAACAUUUGAACACUCAAAACCAUCGUCCAUUGGAUUUGUACCUGGCACAAGCUCUUUGGAGCCUUCUAGUAGUCAUACAAAGAAUACUAUUUGUUCUGCAUCUAUUUUCAUUGAUUGUGGUGGUACAACAUUUACUACUUUCUUCCAAUAUGCGACGGUUACUGUCACGGAGACAAUGUAUAAAUGA